AUGAGAGGUUAUAUUUUCUUAUUGAUAUUAGUAGUUCUAUUGCUUGCCCUUGUUGGUUGUGGAAACACACAGGAACCUAUUAGAGAAUUUCAUCAUUUUGGUCUCGAUUAUGCAGUGGACACAUCUAAAAUAGUCAUGUAUCAACUUGCUGUUCCAAAUCUACAUGGAACCAUGACGUUGGAUUUCGAUAGGAAUGGUAAAUGGAGUGGAAACUAUUCCCUCACACAUAGUAAGAUUAAUGCUAGAUUCUUUUUUGAUACAUUCGAAUCAGAAAUGUUUUCAUUUGACUUUACAAAUCUGUCAUGUGAAAAUGUGAACUCAUGUAAAAUCACUGUGAAUACGCAAAGAUCAAUUUUGAAGAAUGUAGAUCCUUAUGGAAUGCAAAUAGUUGGCGUUAGGAAGGAUCCAGUCAGAAAUCAACUCUUAAAGUUCGAUAUUCAAUAUGAGAAUUUUGGAGAAUUUGAACUGACUAGUAAUUUUACAAUAACUUUUUCUCAAAUUAGAGAAACAUCAUUUUCCUUCCAAUACUACAUGCAAGGUGUUAUUCAUCCGGUUAGCAAUAUGAGAGCUUCAAUUCCAAUAAGCUUUCCUAGAGAUGUCAGUUAUCAUGUGGAUGAAUAUAAAACCUCCAUGUCAAUUCUCCUAUCCUUUGACAAUGCCCCAAUUAUUGACAAGUCUCAACUCUCAUUAUCCCCAAAAAUCUUGCUUCAAACCUUCUUUACUGGACUCAUCCCAAAUUACUACACUUCAAUCUAUUCCUUCCAAUUAUGGAAGACAGAUCUUAAUG